UUUGUGUGCACUUUAUUCUGUUCAAAUUCUUUACUUUGCUGGUUACUAAGAAAGAAGAGAAGGACCCCCUUUUGCUUUCUCUCUCUCAUUCUUUUUCUUUCUUUAAUUUUCAUAUCUAUUUUUGGCCUACAUUGUCUUGUGCUUAACUUAAAGUAGUGUAGUUGUCUCUUGUUUCAAGUCCCCCUUUUUCUUUCUUCUAUAUAGUGUUUAAAUCUUUGGGUAAAAAAUAAUAAUACCCAUAUAUCACAAGAGUGAUUUUGAACAAGAAAGGAACAAUCUUUAUGCUUUUUAAGAGAUACCCAAGAUUGAACUUCUCUUAGUGCUCCAUUUGCAAUUUGGUCUAUUUGGGUGUUAGAUUUUUGGUUUAUAUUUCAAAGAAGAAGAAGAAGAAGAAGAAGAAGAAAGAGUGAUUCUUGAUAAAGUUUUGAGCUUUAUUGAUUUUUGAUUCUUUAUUUGUAUGAUUGUGAGUAUUAUAAGUUGGAACUUGUGGGAAGUAUAGAAAGAAGGGUGCAUGAAGGAAUAGUGAAAAAAUGAGAGAUGAAAAUUCCAAAAAGAGCAAGCUCUCCUGGUCAAAGAAACUUGUCAGAAAAUGGUUCAAUAUUAAGGGAAAAACUGAAGAAUUCCAGUCUGAUGAAGUUGUUUAUGGAGGUGGCGAUGAGUGGAGAACGAGCAUCUCGGAGAGGGAGCAUUGCACGAUUAAGAAAACUAAAACAGAAAAAUCAAAUUCUUCACGGAGUAUGGAACGUCCCCGACGAGGAAGAGCUGAUCUUGAUCACCCUCAGAUUAUAAAUGUACACAACUACAGCGUUUUCGUUGCUACAUGGAACGUGGGUGGAAAAUCACCAUCAAGUAAUUUGAAUCUAGAUGACUGGCUUCAUUCAGCACCACCUGCAGAUAUCUAUGUACUUGGAUUUCAAGAAAUAGUUCCUCUAAAUGCUGGUAACAUCCUUGGAGCUGAAGACAAUGGACCUGCAAAAAAAUGGCUAUCUUUGAUCCGAAAGACACUUAAUAAUGGUCCUGGUAGUAGUGGAGGUAGUAGUGGCUGUUAUACUCCUUCUCCUGUCCCAGAUCCAAUUGCUGAAUGGAAUGCUGAUUUCGAGGGGUCAGGUAGACGCAAGGCAUCCUUAUUUCCUCGUCGGUCAUUCCAGACUCCCCAAUGUUGGAGAAUGGAAAAUGAUCCAUCCAUCUCACAACCUCGCCUUGAUAGACGAUACAGUGUGUGUGAUAGAGUAAUUUCUGGACACAGACAGAGUGAUUUUGAUCCAAACAUAAGAUGGGGGCACAGGCCUAGUGACUAUGGUCACAGGCCAAGUGACUAUUCUUCUGGUUACCGGCCAAGUGAUUAUUCAUCUAGUCACAGGCCGAGCGACUAUUCGUCUGGUCACAGACCAAGUGACUAUUCCUCUGGUCACAGGCCAAGUGAUUAUUCAUCUGCUCAUAGGCCAAGUGACUAUUCUUGGGGACAGAGGCCAAGUGAUUUCUCCAGAUGGGGUUCUUCAGAUGAUGAUUAUGGUCCUGGAGAUUCACCAAGUACUGUUUUGUUUUCACCUGUGACCGGUGCAGAAGACGGUAAUAGAAUGCCUAGAAACUCAAGAUACUGUUUGGUAGCCAGCAAACAGAUGGUUGGCAUUUUUCUUACUGUAUGGGUACGAAGUGAAUUGAGGGAACAUGUCCGGAAUAUGAAAGUAUCAUGUGUUGGCAGAGGGUUGAUGGGUUAUCUUGGAAAUAAGGGUUCUAUUUCAGUAAGUAUGAUGUUGCAUCAGACAAGCUUUUGCUUUGUGUGCACUCACCUAACCUCUGGUCAGAAAGAGGGUGACGAGUUACGCAGAAAUGCAGAUUUUAUGGAGAUCAUAAAGAAAACAAGGUUUCCGCGAGUAAAUGGUGUGGAUGAAGAGAAGUUCCCUGAAAAUAUCCUUGAACACGACCGAGUUAUUUGGCUAGGGGAUCUGAAUUAUCGAAUUGCACUCUCGUACCGUUCUGCCAAAGCACUUGUUGAGAUGCAAAAUUGGAGAGCUUUGUUGGAAAAGGACCAGCUGCGCAUAGAACAGAGACAAGGUCGGGUUUUUGUGGGAUGGAAAGAAGGAAAGAUAUAUUUCCCACCGACAUAUAAAUAUUCAAGGAAUUCAGAUAGGUAUGCAGGAGAUGACAUGCACCCGAAAGAGAAACGACGAACACCUGCAUGGUGUGAUCGGAUAUUGUGGCACGGAGGUGGUCUUCAGCAAUUAUCUUAUGUUCGUGGGGAGUCUAGAUUUUCAGAUCAUAGACCCGUUUCCAGUGUGUUUUGGGCUGAAGUGGAGUCGGUCCCAAGUAGAUUGAGGAAAAGUAUGAGUUGUUCAAGCUCGAGAAUCGAGGUGGAGGAGCUGUUGCCAUAUUCUCAUGGCUAUACAGAGCUCUGCUUCUUUUGAAGGAGAACGGAGGAUACCAAACCUCAGCUUUUGAUUCAGGCGGGAACCACUUUGUCGAAACUCAAACCUGAAGAACGCUUGGGACCGUUCUUAUCCCACUAUCUGAAAAAGGUGUAUAUUCAAAAUUUUGAUGACUAACUUUAACUUGAAUCGACGAGGACUACAUAUAUAUUUCCGUAACACUUAGGAGAGCAUAACUCGACUUGUUAAUUACCAAACUCCCCGCGGCAACGUCUAUCUUUUGGCAUAGUUAUCAUCCUUUUUCUAUAAGGAUGAAGUAAAGACCCAAAGAGUAAUGCCAAGUGGGGAAAUGACAAUGAUUUUUGUGUCCAAGAUUCUUUUAUUUAAGUAGUUAGGAAUAGGAGAGAUUCAAUGACUAGAAGAGCAUGAGUGAAAAAUAAUCAUGUUUUUUUGAGUUUUUGUUAUUUUUUGUUUUUAAUGAUUCGGAUCAUCUGAUGUAUACUCAAUUGCAAACAUGAUACUAGUAACUAAAAAAAUA